UCUUUUCAGAUGGGACACUUUUAUUUGUGUCUCUGUGUUUGAACUGGCAGCUUUCAGAAGAAGGACUGGCGGUGCCGGACACCCAGAGCGAGUCAGCAGCAAUCUGGCACUUCAUUUAUCAGCGAGAAAGAGUUUCGCUCUGGAGGGCUAACCCGGAGAAAAUACCUGCUAAUCACCGGAGAGGAUGAGGGAAAACCUGGGGAAUGAUCCUGAGGGACCCGUCUGAUGGGGAGGAAAACCUGAGUGGUAUGUAAACACGGAUCAUCGAUACCUAGUCAGGAGUGUUUUCACCAUGAUGACCCCACUGGAGAUCUCCCUCCUGCUGACUCACCUGCUCUUCUUCCCCCUCACCCUAUGCCUCCUGCACCCCCCGCCCGUCCAUGUCCCCACGCUCGUCCCUCACGUACCGACGCCUCUCCUCCGCUCUCGCUUCAGCGCUCACACUCAGCUGGACUUCACAACUCACUGCGACUCCAGCUGCUUCCACAGAGGAGAGCAGGAGGCCCAGAAGGAGCAGCUCUCUGAGAAACUGGCCUUUGAGACGCUGUACGCCGACGGCUCCCGCACCCUCACUACUGUGGAUGUGGAAGGUGAUGAUAAGGAGUUUGAAGGUAAUCCCUUUACUCAAACUCCAAGACCAAGAGCAAGAGUGAAGCCCAGGCACAAACGCGUGAGGCGGCAGAUCUACGGAGCAGACGGACGUUUUAACAUCCAAGGGAACAACUUCCUGUUGGAUUACCCGUUCUCCACAGCCGUGCGGAUCUCCACUGGUUGCACCGGUGUUCUUGUAUCUCAACAGCAUGUCCUCACAGCGGCACACUGCGUGCAUGAUGGGAAGGAUUAUGUCAAGGGGGCGCGAAAGCUCAGGGUGGGAUUCCUGUUACCUCCAUCCAUCAAUGGCACCAAAGCCGGCCUCACGUCCUCCAAGAGGCCUCUGGUGCGCUGGGUGAGGGUGAAGCGUACUCGUGUGCCUAAGGGCUGGAUUCAGGGCCCUCAGGAGGUCAGCAUGGACUUUGACUAUGCUCUGCUGGAGCUGCGUUGGCCUCACCGUCGGCCCUUCAUGCGCCUCUCUGUGGCCCCCUCCUCUGACGACCUAGCAGGGCACCGCAUCCACUUCUCUGGCUUCGACAGCGACAGAUCCGGGGAGCUGGUGUACAGAUUUUGUCCCGUGGAAGAGGAGUCCAGUGACCUGAUAUACCAGCACUGUGAUGCCCGACCAGGGGCCAGCGGAUCAGGAGUGUAUGGGAGAGUGUGGGACAACAGUUUAGAGCGGUGGGAGAGGAAGGUCAUCGGCAUCUUCUCCGGACACCAGUGGCUGGAGAUAGAUGGGGAGAACCGGGAUUACAAUGUGGCAGUGCGCAUCACUCCUCUGAAGUUUGCUCAGAUCUGUUACUGGGUGCACGGUAACAGAUUAGACUGUGUCCAGGACUAAAGGAGUAAAGGACGAGGAGGUUUUGAAAGAAUAGCAUGAAAAAGCACAAAAUAUACAGGGUGAAACGGCUUAUUUUGCCUAAAGAAAAAAGAGUGAAAUAGGACAAUGUCUUAAUUUCUGCCGCUAGAUCGUCUCUCCAUGAAAAACAAUAAUAUGAGACGGAGUUUGGUGGUCGUGAAUUAGUGUGGGAUCAUGGGAGUUAUCUUAAACAGCAUUGCCCUCUUUGCAGUUAGCUUCUUCCAGUGAGGAUUUCUUCAUUGUUCAUAGAUCAGUAGCUUUCUUACCGGGAGCAGAAUAAUCCACAGUGGUCUCCUCUCCAAAACAAACAGAUUUGGUCAUUAAAACGAGUAGAAGUUCUUAAUAAAUCUGGCUGCUGCUAACGUUUGAUCAGCUUGUUUCUCCUAUAAUUCUAAAUCCUAAGGACCGAUGAUUAAAAACCUUCAUCUGGUUCAAAUAUAUUGUUAAAAAUGACAGAUAAGUAAUAGCUGUAGUGGAUAAAUGUGGCUUCAAACUGGAUGAAAAGCAAAUUUAGGAUUUAUUUAUUUAUUCUGGCAAACCACUAGAAGCUGACGCCUGCUCAAAGGGGGUAUGAAACCGUUACCUUGAUUCAAAUUACAGAUAUCUAUAGGUUUGAAAAGUGUUGGAAAUAAAAGAAUACAACUCAACAAAACAUAUAACACAGGUUUAGUCAUAUAAAGACAUUGUGUUACGUAUUACAGCAUAACAUCCAUACAGACUUUACAUUUGGAUCACCUCCAUCAAGUUAUUUCAAGUAGUUUCAUUUGUCACCUAUUAAACUAAUCUGCCUGUGAGAUCAUCACUACGGCAUCUUUUAAUAUGUCUUCACCCAAAACCAGAUUAAUAGCGGUCAGGGUUUCCACAGUAUUAACACAAGCCACUUUUUAUAUGAGGAAAGAAAAACUUUUCCUGCCGUGGCAGUGUCAGUAGCACAGGAUUAUGUUCCUACUGUGGAUGAUCUAAUCUACUGACAUCUGACUUUAAAUCUUUCCUGCUAUCUGUUUUGAAUUUGGGGAAUUGGUAUUAGCAUUUUAAAAGCUCUUUAAAGAUCAUUUGAUUUAUCUCUUUGGUCUGCAUAGUGCAUACACACUUAACAUAAUACACAUAGAAUAAUAAUACAUAGUAAAUCAUCAGUGAUGCUUCCUGAGCUUUCAGCAGACAGUAUGCUCUUCUGAGAGACAGAGUGUUAAUUUUAUUUUUUGAAAAAUGCUUGAUAUAUUUUAAUAAAAAGAGAUUUAUAACAA